UAUUGAUAGUGCAUAUGCAUUUAAAAACUGUAUCGCGGUAUUUUGUUGUUAACAUACUCGUUUUUAAGUGAUCCUUGUCUGUCAUUCCGUGUGAGAAUAUUUUGUGAUGAAAAACCUUCGGUCAUGAUGUGGAAGGUUAAUGAUCAAUGCAACUGAAUGUUAAAUACACAUUAAACGGCAUAGUAAUUAAAUCUAAUACAGAUUAAUUGACUUAGAAAGUUAGUAAAACGUUACGAUGAGUAACCGGGAGAAAAGUGAUUCGCGAUCAGAGCAAGGUGUUAAGAUAAAGGAGGACAGAGAAAGAAAGCAAUCAGUGUCCUCGCAAAGCGACGAUUCUGAUGUUAAGAAAAAGAAGCGCAACACGUGUAGUAAGGAUAAGAGAAAGAAGUCAAAGCAUAGAAGUAGCUCAAGUAGCUCUAGUUCAUCUAGUGUUUCUAGUCGCGAGGCUAAGCACCAAAAUGACAGAGACAAGUGGGAUAAGAGGUAUGAAAAUGGUGUUAGACCAUACCGGCUAAAUCCAAGGGAAGGCAGGGGAUAUUAUAAAGGACGCAGUGGAUACUUGGAUAAUCGUAAACGCAAUUUUGGUUACCGACCCUAUAAACAUUCUGGAUUUUAUGAUAGAAAUAGACAUAACAAUUCACAAUACAAUAGGUAUAAUAAUGAUAGGAGGGGUAGAUUCUUAAAUCAUAACAGUAGAAGACCACCUUAUGAUAGGUCAAGAAGUAGAAGCACAUUGGAUCAUGAACAUCAAAGAAGCAUAAAAGAUUCUAGUGAAUAUUCAAGGGAAAGUAAUUCAAAAGAAAGACACAUAAAACAACCUAGUGCUGAUAAAACAGAGACAAAAAAGGGAGAUACAGAUGACACUCAUAUGAAAGGGAAAGAAAAAAAGAAGGAUGAAAACACACAAGGAAAGACUGAUCAUGUUGUUCGCAAAAAGUCAAAGAGGAAAAGAUCUUUAUCCUCUUCAAGUUCCUCAAGUGUAAGCAGUAGCAGUAGUGACAGUAGUAGCAGUAGUUCUAGCAGUAGCAGUAGCAGCAGUAGUUACAGCAGUAGCAGUACAGAUACUUCUGAAGAUGAAAAAAAACGUAAAAAAGCAAGAAGGAAAGCUAAGAAGUUAAAGAAAGCUAUGAAGAAACGUAGAAAGAAGAAAAGAAUGAAGAAAAAGUUGAAGAAGAAAUUAAAGAAAUCAUCUAAGAAGAAAGCACGUAAUACUGACAAAUCCAAAGAAGGUGCUUCUAAAGAUGUUUCACAAGAUAUAUCAGAAAAGUCAAAGGCAAUGGCACCAAUGACAAAAGAGGAAUGGGAAAAGAAGCAGAGUGUAAUACGCAAAGUUUAUGAUGAAGAAACUGGAAGAUACAGGUUAAUCAAAGGUGAUGGAGAAGUCUUAGAAGAGAUAGUGAGUAGGGAAUUUCAUAAAGAGAUAAAUAAGCAAGCAACUAAAGGAGAUGGAGAGUACUUCCAGGCACGCUUGAAAGCCAAUGUUUUAUGA